CAUCUCCUCGACAACCAGGUGGUUCUGGCGGUGCGGCAGCAGUACAUUGCCAUUGGCGACCAGGUGAGCGUGGAGCUGCAGGAGGGCGACGAGGUGGCCGUGCUGCCGCCGCUCAGCGGAGGAUAAACAAACAAACAGGAUGGCGGCGGCAGAGCAGCAGAAGAAGAGAGACGUCUUCAAGCUGAGCCGUGAUAGGCUGUCUGUACAGGAAGUGGUGGACGCUGUCAGCAGCACUUCCUGUGGAGCCAUUUCCAUUUUUCUAGGGACGACGCGGGACUCGUUCGAGGGACGGCACGUGAUUGGCCUGGAGUAUGAGGCUUACGACGCCAUGGUCCAAUCAGAGCUCAGCAAGCUGAGUGCCGACAUCAGAGCGCGCUGGCCAACCGUCACACACGUGUGUGUUCACCACCGACUGGGGUGGGUUGGGGUGGGCGAGGCCAGUGUUGCCAUAGCAAUAUCGUCCCCUCAUCGCCAUGACGCCCAGCAGGCCGUGCAGUUCUGCAUUGAUGGCAUCAAGACACACGUCCCCAUCUGGAAGAAGGAAGUGUAUGCUGAAGGCGAGGCAGCAAGCUGGAAGGAGAACAAAGAGUGUGCAUGGGGCGGGGCCAAGAAGCAAGGGGGCGGGGCCACCGAGGAUGGAGGCCAAGCAUAAAAAAGGAGGGACUCUAUUGAUUGUUUUCAUCCAAUCACAUUUCAGCUCUGGCAGCCAAUCAGCUUCAGCCACAACAGAUGUUUGUCAUUUUUAAUAAAAUGUUUUGAAUGUUAACAAAAUGUGAAUCAAUAAAGUUUUGAAAUGAAGAC